CACGCGCCAACAUCUCACAGAUCUCUACUACAAGGUUAGCAGUACAGCCCAAACCAUCUUGUAUUUCCACUGGGAUAUGCAGCUGAUCCCGAACCUGUUGUGUUUGAAUUGUGCUGUCUAGAACCACUUUAUUCUUUUACCAAUGGUGCAGCGGGAGGUGCUUCGGGUGUGCGAGGAAAACAUUCAUGUCCCUCACUGUCUGCUAUUGUGCAACGCUGUGUACUAUUGCGGAUCAAUGUUUUCCAGCAACACCAUGCCCUUGCGAAAGGACUCGGGAGACGAAGGCACAGUUGGAGAAGACUUUUUUCAGCGUGGCCAAGCACUGCUGGAUAAAAAGUACUUGACAACGCAUCUCUGCACCAUCCAGUCGUUACUGCUUUUCGCCAUCGGACACAAAUCUCCUGCCCAACGUUCAGGAUUUAUCAGCCAGGCCGUUACCAUGGCUCUGGAUAUGGGCCUGCACACGAAGCUGGACAGGAGCGUUCAUCGGUUCAUACGAGCGUACAGAGCACGUGUCUUCUGGUGUUUGCUCAUCUUCGACUCAACCUCUUCUGCCAUCGGAGGAAAGCCAACGCUGAUCAACGACGAGGAAAUCAGUGUCGAGAUGGUCGAGGUCGGUGACCUCGGUCCUGAAUCAGAGACCUUCUCAGACCAGUAUUUGGUUCACUGUAUCCGCGGCUGGCUGAUCUGCCGUAGGAUUCGCAAGAACUCGAAACUUGUUUCCCGACGUCCACCACCCUCCCAGGACGUCCUUCUGGAUAACCUGGAUCGUUUGGACAAGGAGCUGGUUGACUGGCAGGAGAAUUUGCCCCCAGUGUUUGAUCUCGUACCCACCAAAGGAUCUAUUAAUUCAGAUAUCAAGACUAUGGCCGCAGGUGCUCAGCUAUUGUGCUAUGCCCUCAUCAUCCUACUCCACCACCCAUAUCUUCCUAACCCCAAAAGUCCCGAGGCAUUCCAGUCGCCUCGUGAGGGGGGCACACCGGACUCUCAGGGCUAUUGCACACAAGCUGCAAAGGAGAUCACAAAAAUUGCAGGCAUCUUACUCAAGGAGGCACCACGAACAUUCGAACAGAACACACCAACCCGAUACGCACUCAAUUUUGCGAUCCGCAUUCAUCUUCGAAACGCAAAAUGCACAGUGGACCCGACGCUAGCUAAGGAGUCACGGCGGGAUCUGCAAAAAUCUAUGGACUAUGUGGAGCAGGUCGAGAACUUGCAGUUCUUCAGAAUUAACCGGUCUAAGAAGUCGGACGUCGCAGACCUACUUGCAUCAUGCAGGGCAGCACUGGCGCAACAGAAGUCGAGCUUGGAGAUGGCCAAGGAAGCAGCAGCUGUGAAGCAUCGGCAAAUGGUGCAGGCGAAGCUCUCUGCAAAGGAGCAGUUGCGCCAUCUGCAACAGCAGCAGCAGCAGAACGUGACUCCUCAGCAGACCCAGCAGUCGAUUUCGCCCCAAUCGCAACCUCAGGUCAUAUGGCAGCAGCAUCAGCAUCAGCAGCAAAUUUACCUGCAACAGCAACAGCAACAGCAUCAGCAACAGCAACAGCAUCAGCAACAGCAACAGCAUCAGCAACAGCAGCAACAACAGCAAUUACAUCAGCAGCAUCUUCAACAACUUGCCCAUGAGAAGCAGGUGAAGCAAAGCUUUUUGUUGCAGCAACAGCAGCAGCUUCAGAUGUUGCGUCAACAGCAUCAGCGCCAACAAAUGCUUCAGCAUCAACAGCAGCAAGAGCAGGCACAACAAAAUCUGCAGUUGCAGCAACAACAGCGCGCUCAGUUGUAUGCUCAGGAACAAGGACGACUUCAACAGCAGACUGCCCCGAAUCCUUCUCCCCAGAACUCUAUCCUCUUUCAAGGACAAUCUGCGUUCGUGCAUCCGUCUGUCAUACCCAGUCAGCCGCUUGCGCAGAACACGCAACAGCGAGCUCAGUUCAAUACGACUGCUGAACAGCCGGAUCAGUUACAGCAACAGACAAUGCUCGAUGUUUCGUGGAUGCCUGGCAACAACUCGAGCGCACCAUCUUUGGAGAGCAUCAGUCAGGAUAUUCUAUUCGACGGUUACCUCAAUGGAAUUCAGGGAUCUGGCGAGGACAUCAUUGAUAUCCAGUCCAUGACCUUUGACCCGCGACAGGAAGCCCUCUUUUCGAACGCGGCUUCAAGUGCAUACAGUAAUCCUGAAUCUCAUCAGUCUGCGAUUCCGGAGUCCUCGUCUUCCACACCAUUGGCAGUAAGUUUAACAACCAACGAACUGGCAGACGAUGUCUUCCUGAUCUCACCUCCCAGAGGUCAAGUGUCCCUGCCAUCGCCUGCAGCGUCCCUGUCGUCAAAACCAAUGCCCAACCAGUUCUCGUCCAAGUCACACGAUGACCCAACCCUUUCGCCGCAGUCUUCUUCGACCGUGGUCUCGCCGUUGCUGCACUCGAUGCAGAUGCAAAGGCAAGGGCAACAGUCGUUUCAAUCUGUGAACGAUCAUAAUAGCACCAGCAAUGGCGGCUUCAAUUACGGCAACCCUGCGAUGCAGACCCCCGAGUCAUCGCCCUCAGUAGUGAGCUCUCCGGGGUCGACACAGAUGUCUGAAGAGGCCGUUCUUCAGUCAUUCACGGGCCAGAUGAUUCACGAUACCUUCUACAUGCAUGUCAAUCUGCCGGCGGAGCAUCCACGAAACGAUCCCACGUCGUUCGUAUACCUACCAAGCGAGCUCGAGUAUGGUGACACCGCUGCACUUUCACCCACAGCCUCAGGCUGUGGAGGAAGCACCAAUUCGUCAGAAGUUGAUGCCAUGUCGCCACGGCCGUAUUAAGCAUUACUUUAGUCGUCGUUAAAUUUUUCAUCACUCUAAUCUCAAUCAAUAUAGUGCUGCAUAUGAUG